AUGCUUAUUUACAAAGAUAUCUUCACUGACGACGAAUUGUUAUCCGACGCCUACGACCUCACUGAAGUCGAUGGUGUUAUCUUGGAAGCCGACUGUGCCAUGGUCAAGGUCGGUGACGGUGACAUCGAUAUCGGUGCCAACCCAUCUGCUGAAGAUGCUGAAGAAGCUUUGGAAGACGGUACUGAAACUGUCAACAACGUUGUCCACUCUUUCAGAUUGCAACAAACCCAAUUCGACAAGAAGUCUUUCCUCGGUUACAUCAAGGGUUACAUGAAGAAGGUCAAGGCUCACUUGGCUGAAAAGGACCCAGAAGCCGUCGAAACCUUCGAAAAGGGUGCCGCUACCUACGUCAAGAAGGUCAUUGGCUCCUUCAACGACUGGGACUUCUACACUGGUGAAUCCAUGGACCCAGAUGGAAUGAUCGUCUUGUUGAACUACCGUGAAGACGGUACCACCCCAUACGUUGCUAUCUGGAAGCACGCUGUUUCUCAAUACAAGUGUUAA